AUGGAUGCCAAGUAUGUCCUAUGCAAUUGGAAAGACCAGCUAUGGCCAGCAAAAGUUUUGUCCAGAUCUGAGACUUCAAUAAACAAUAAGAGAAAAAAGGCAUUUUCCAUAGAAGUUCAAAUACUCUCACUAGAUGAAAGAAUUCAAGUGGAAAGCACAGAAAUAAAGAUUCUAAAUAAGUCUCAAAUUGAAGACAUUGCUUCCUCACUGGAGACACAGUCAGAGGACAGUGCUACACCUAGAGAGUUAGCAGCCUAUGAAAGAUCACUUAAAGUGGCACUGGAUAUUCUGAAUGAGAGAACAAAUUUGAGUCAAGAAAACACUUCAGAGGAAGAAGAGACCACUACACUGUCUCAAGAUAUAUCACAAAAGCAAUCUGAUUCACCCCCCCAUAAAAAGUAUCGGACUCACAAAGGAGACUUACGAAAGAAUCUUGAGGAACGUGAAAACCCAGCAUCCCUGUUGGUCUCUUUAGAGAGUGAUGAUUCUAUACAUGAUGAUAAAUCACAGGUGCACACAACCAUCAGUAAUAUUACUCCAAGUGAAAUGGAAACAAUGUCAUCAGAAAACUCAAGCUGGUGCCCAAGUUUCCCUUCACUUUCAGAAGAUGAUGAAAAAGAGAGCAAGAAAAAGGUUGACAUCUCAAUUAUGUCCUUAAAUUCCACAGUCAAGGAGGAAGGUGCAUGUGUUAAAGAUGAAAAAUUCAUUCCAAUUAUGCCAUCAGAUAUGCUCACUGCACCGAAAUCUUUGAAAGAGGAGACACAGGACACCUGCCCAAAGACUCUGGUUAUUUCCUCUGAAUGCUCUUCCUUUUCAGAGAAUAUUGAGGAUCCUGGAGAAGGUCCUUCAAAUCCAUGCUUAGAAGCCAGCCAGAAUGAAUCUUCUGUGGAAUCAGAGAUGGAUGCUGCAACAUCCUCUGGUCAAUGUUCACUGGAAUGCCAGUUUUCACUUAGUGCCUCUAACCGUGUCCUGGAUUAUUCACUCCUUCUUUUGAAUAAUGAAAGAAAUCUUCAGAGACUGGAUUUUGAAGAGUUUGAGGAAGAACUUCAAACUUCUGCCAAGACAGUGCAUUUAAAUUCCAUUGGUGCUUCUAUAUUUGAUGAAAAUGAGGAAGAUGAAGAACUUCCACGCAUUGUUUUUCAUUAUGAGCCACGUUCAUUUGAAACAGGAAUGAUAGUCUGGUUUAAAUAUAAAAAAUACCCGUUUUGGCCAUCAGUGGUAAAAAGCAUCAGGCGAAAAGAGAAGAAAGCAAGUGUGCUUUUUGUUGAGGUAAACAUGAAUCCUGAAAAGAAAGGCAUUAGAGUGCCUUUUAGAAGAUUAAAGAAAUUUGAUUGUAAAGAGAAACAAGCACUAGUGGAUAAAGCCAGGGAGGAUUACAGUGAAAGUAUCGACUGGUGCAUUUCACUGAUUUGUGACUACAGAGUUAGAAUAGGUUGUGGUUCUUUUGCAGGCUCUUUCCUUGAGUAUUAUGCUGCUGACAUUAGUUAUCCAAUUAGGAAAGCAAUGAAACAGGAUACCUUGAGGGACAUUUUUCCAAAGGUGCGUAAUGAAGAUACUGUGGAACCAAUGGUCAUGACUUCCCAGACCAAGAAAAUGUCCUUCCAGAAAAUUCUCCCUGACCGGAUGAAGGCUGCUCGGGAUCGAGCCAACAAGAACCUAGUGGACUUCAUUGUGAAUGCAAAAGGAACAGAGAACCAUCUUCUGGACAUUUUAAAAGGCAGGAAAGCUUCCAGGUGGCUGAAAUCAUUUUUGAAUGCAAAUAGGUUCAUGCCCUGUAUUGAAACAUACUUUGAAGAUGAAGAUCAGUUGGAUAAGGUCGUAAAAUAUUUACAAGAAAUCUAUACACAAAUAGAUGAAGGAAUGCUGACACUGAUAAAAGAUGAUAAAAUUAAAUUUAUCCUGGAAGUUCUUCUGCCAGAAGCAAUCAUUUGUUCAAUUUCUGCUGUGGAUGGAUUAGAUUACAAGGCAGCUGAAGCAAAGUAUCUAAAAGGACCAUCUCUAGGCUACAGGGAAAGAGAAUUAUUUGAUGCAAAAAUCAUAUUUGAAAAGAGACGGAAACCAUCAACAAAUGAAACUCAUUAAAUCUCCAGAGAAUCCAAACCAUGACAGGGAGCUUUCAUAAAUCUGAAUUUAAAAAAAUCUCCAAACAGUUCACUCUAACAUGUAAAUAUUUGUGGAA